CAUUUUCUCCGUAACAUCACAAGUGAAUAGUACUCAAGAAAUGCAGGCUAUUUUUGCAGGUACAAUCAGUUAUGUUGUAUAUUUCACAACUGUAAUCCAGGUUGCGUCGUUGGUGAAGGCAAUGCGCAAUUCACGAGGGAAUUGUAAGAUACGGGACCAAUAA